UUCCCAUCACCAUGCAACACCCCAGGACGCUGCUUUGCCUCUCCUUGAUUCUCUGUGGCCUGGUUUCACAAUCGCUCGGCCUGACUUUCAGUGGGAAAGACAAAAGGGGAUGGACUUUGAACAGCGCCGGUUAUCUCCUCGGCCCUCAUGUUUCUUUUCGAGCUCAUCUCUCUCUGUUCCCCAAAGGGAGAGCCUCUGUCCGCCGAGGGCGUGGAUUUGAACCCCUGUCUCUCCCCAGAUCCCUUCUUACAGAUUCAAGCUCAGAUGCUCAUCGGACCCUCAAUGAUAAAGGUGGUCUUGCAGGAAAGCGCGACGCUGUGGAGGAAAGUUACAAGAAAGCCGAGGAUGUUUACACUCCCAACGUGCAGCCGAUAGAUGAGACUGUCCUGGAUUUCAUGUCCUACCUUCGACUGAAAGAGCUCGGAGCCUUGGACAAUCUAAUCGUGUCAGAGGACUCAACCUGAAGGAAACGCAGCCCCUCUCUGAAUACCCCCCACCCCCCGACCCCCGACCCCCAACCCCCACCCUCAU